UUUGAUUGAUAUAACCCUAAAUUUAGAUGUAAACAUCAGUAACUUAUAACUUUGACAUUGUUUCACAACUUCAUCAACCCUUUUUCCUUUUAUCUUAAAUUCUGUAUUUAUCCCAAUUUUUGUACAAAAUAAACAUCUUAUUCAUAUUGUCCGACCUUCGAUACAAAAUUCGAUUCCGACUAUUUUAAUUCAGAGGACAAGAAGGAAGAAAAAUCGAGGGAUCUUCAAAUUCAAAGCUUAAACUGAGAGAGAACACGAUCUUAAGGCAGGUCUAUAAUAGGGAGAGGAUAAUUUUUCUGGAGUGGAAGAGGAGAAGAAAUUUUGGGAUAUGAAGGCUCUGUAAUACCCGUUCAAACGGUGGUUGAAACGAAGAUAAUGUCGAAACUUUUUGGGAAAAUUGCCGGUUUCUUCAGCAAUAGAACUCUGGUGGGAGUGGACAAAGCGGGAAACAGGUACUUCUUCGUAAAAGAAGAAAUCGAUGGUAUAAUGAAAGAGAAGAGAUGGGUGGUAUUUAAGGGUGAGGAUGAUCCAACGUCAAUUCCAGUGGAAUGGAUAUGUUGGUUAAAUGGGCAGCGUAAAAAGGCUCCAACCCCAGAGGAAAUGAUGGAACUAGAAGCUAGGCGUGAACGUGUACGACAAAAUGUUGCUCUUCUCAAGAAAGAAGAGAUGGAAAGAAACUCUAAAGAAGGCAAAUUACGGAAAAUCAUCAGCACUGGUCAAGUUAUGGGUCCUGACUUGAAAAGCUUUAUCCGACAGGUCCCAACUGGUUCAGAAGGUGCCCAAGAUGUGGAAGGAUUGCCUACAAGAGAUACCCUGAGGAACUCAAACGAAAAGGAGCCAGUUCAAGAGAAACCAAUUCCGGAGUCCUCCGAGCCUGUUGGGUCUGGCCAUACAUUUAGACCCGGAACAUGGCAGCCACCAACAUGAAUGAUGAUUGCCCAUCAAGGAGAACUCGCCAACACUAAAGCUAGCAGUUCGUUCUAUGUCCAACAAUUCAGUAAGCUUCUGCGUUCCGAUUACUUACCUCCAAAUUUUCCUGAGGACAUGCCCUUCUACUUGACUGUAUCAGAUCCUGCCCUCCAAAAGUCUCAAACAAGAUUGUCACUCUGCAUUGCCUUGGUUAUUUGUCUGAUGAAAAGCAGUUAUAACUUAAAUUUUAUAUAGUAAGUUUAAUAAGCAUCCUUAUAGAAUACUUGUGACAGUUUUGACCUCCCCCAUUCUAUCUAGAGGCUGAGAAAAGUAACUAGCAAUUGUCCGUAGCGGCAUUGCCUUGGAAAAUUCACUGUGGGAUUGAUAUUAUUCCUGUUGGUUAUGAUUUGAUUUGUAAAACUUUUUAUCCCAUAUUAUUGGAACUCAUUGUAAUGUUUUCAGGCUCAUCUUGAGGGAUAAAUAAUCAUGAUGCAUGCGAUA